GGAACACGCAUGCGCUCUCGCGCCACCCUCUCGCUUUCCCAUGAUCCCAGAGCGGCCUCUCUAGUCCCAUCCGUAAAGUAACACCUUUCGCAUGCUCUUGACCUCCUAAGGGCGGAUGUGUACUAGAAGAAGCUUCACAGAAGAUCCACUUAUGCUCAUGCGUCCCAGCUGAGCAGUAGGGCGAGAAAGAAGACGCCGCUCCUUGGCGACCAGCUCGAGCACUGAGCAUGCGCCCUAGGUCACUGACAGGGCCAGCGAGAACUGAAGAAUAGGGAUUUGGCAGCCCAGGCCCGCCCUGCGCAUGCACCCCGCGACCCACAGUGCUGGCGGGAACGAUGGCGGCUGCAGGCUCCCGCUUAGGUGGUAGCCGGCGCUUUGUCAGCGGCUUCGUGGCGGGGGCCAUCCUGGGGGCCGCUGGGGCAGGGCUCGCCGCCCAGAGGCUCCUCCGCAGCCAGGGCGAGGACUCUGUUUCGCGGACACAAAAGUCGGCAGAACCCCCGGCAGAGUCCAUCCUGGAGCAGUACGGCCUCCCCGCACUCGGCGCCGAGCCCCGACACUACACGAACCACGCGCUGUCCUAUGACCAGGGGAAGCGGGGGCCCCGCUGGGUCCUCGAGCACAUCUCCAGGAACAAGACGCGAGGUGACGCUGACCGACGGCACUGUCGCUUCUGCCCGGACCCCGGCGUGCCGACGGCCUUCAGCGCCAGCAACGACGACUACCGGGGCAGCGGCUGGUCGCGGGGACACAUGGCGCCGGCCGGCAAUAACAAGUUCUCCACUCGAGCCAUGCAGGAGACCUUCUACCUCUCCAACAUCGUCCCCCAGAACGUGGAGAACAACGCCGGCUACUGGAACAGAAUGGAGAUGUACUGUCGCGAGUUGACGGAGAGGUUCGACGACGUGUGGAUCGUGUCCGGACCCUUGACCCUGCCCCGGGUGGGAGAAGACGGAAAGAAGAGAGUGACCUAUGAGGUGAUCGGUAAGGAUGACGUGGCCGUCCCCUCUCACCUCUACAAGGCCAUCCUGGCCCGCAGGAGCGCCGACUCCCCGGAGCCCCUGGCAUUGGGCGCUUUUGUGGUCCCCAACGCCCCCAUCGGCUUCCGGCCUCAGCUCACCGAGUUCCAGGUGAGCAUCCGCGACCUGGAGAGGAUGACGGGGAUCGAGUUCUUCCCUCGUCUGGACAAGGAGAAGGACGUCAGAAACCUCUGCGAGGCGGACACGUGCCGGCUCCUGGGCUUCCGUGAGUUCACAUUGUACCUGAGCAAAAGGAAGAUCUGGGGAGCGCGGACGCUGCACAGGCUGGAGAUGGUCAUGAAGGAGCUCAAGGAGGCCGGGGUGCAGCCUGACGAGGACCUCAUUGGUCUCUACCAGAAGAAACUGGAGAAACUGUCCUCCCAGGACCCGCCGGAUGCCCCGGACAGAAGGUCGGGCUGAGGGGCCCAGGCUGGGGAGGCGGCCAUCUGCCCCAGGUGCAGAGACCCGGUGACUUUGGGGCUGGCCAUUGAGGCAGGCCGUGCCAAUGACAGAUCACAGACAGCGGGUCGCCUGCCCAUCUCCCUUCGGCUUGUGCAGAGAGAGAGGCCCUCUGUGCUUCCUCUGUGGGCCCCAGUCCGCCAGAGGACCCCGUGAUCGUAUGUUUGGGAAAGUCCCCUUCCCGGCCCUGGCCAGCCUCCCUCGGAGCCCCGCAGUGGAGCCCUCCUUCCCUGAGGCUUGCCUGACUGAGCAAUUGGCCCCAGAGCCAACACUGUGUCUGCUUGGCCUCCUUCUUGCCCCCAGGGCUCCUGCAGAGGCUCCCCAGAUGCUGGGGCCCCCCUUGGGAGACAGAUGAGAGACAGACUGUAGCCCGUCUUGGCCUGUCGUCUCUCUUUGGCCUCCUACCUCUCCACUUUGAGCCUGGCUCCCCUGGGCUGACUGGAAGAAGUUCUUACAGAAAACCUCCCUCCUGGGCCAGAGGUGCCCAGGGUGAGUCAAGCUUUUGUUUGCCUCUGGGCUGGUGGGAGAUAGGAGCUGUUGGGGCUCCUUGAGGCUCUUGCAGAAAGUGUUUCUGACAGAUGGACCCGGAGGGCCUCCCCAGGGCCCAUCUGCCUGCCUCCUAGCCAGCCUGGGCCGGGGCAAGGGUGCUGGGUUGGGAUGCCCCCCUACAUCGUCCCACAGCAGGAGCAUGUAGAGGCCCCGAGAUGCUUGGCUCCUCAAGGGAAUGGGCAGGUGAAUCUGGCAGAACAGCAGCUGGGGGCGCAGGGCCUGGAGUCAGGAAGACCCGAGUUCAAGUCUAGCCUCAGAUACUUCCUCACUGGGUAACCUUGGGUAAGUCACCAUCCAUGUUGGCCUCGGUUUCCUCAUUUGUAAAAUGAGCUAGAGAAGGAACUAGCAAACCAUUCUAGGAUCUUUGGCAAGAAAACCCCAAAGUGGGUCACAAAGGGUCAGAGACACGGUCUGCAGGACGGGCCAGGUCCUGGGGUGCCGAGGGGGAGGGGGAAUUGGGGAGAGGGGACAUGUCCACAAUGACUCGGAUACGAGUUAGAGUGUGAUUAGGUGCUAAGGGAGGCCCUGCAAUGGCCAGGGAGUCUGGACAACACAGACAGAGUCUGAGAGAGGGAGCACCUGCCACUUGGAGCAGCAUCAGGGCCUUGGUGGCAGCACCAUUGUGUCCCUCAGGCCACAUUCUGACCUUUGGGUUUGCAGGAAAUGCUUUUUCCAGGUUACAGAAAUCUACAGUGACUCCCUUGGGGGCACAUCUGGGGCUUGACUAAACCUGUCAUCCAUGGGGCUCUGGGAGCAACUUCUGUAAUGCUUUCAUAUGCCUCUCGGCUUCCAGAAGUGUCGAAGCCUCAGGGUAGAAUGGGGGUGUCAGAAUGAAAGAAAGAAUGCACCAAACUCUGACAGGAAGACCCUGGCAACCUGGUCCCUUCUCCUCAUUCUCUGCCUCCACCUCCCCAUUGGCACCUUCCAUCAUCCCGGGGGAUCCAGAGCGUCCGUGUCCCCCGGGACUAGGAGAUGUUGAGACGAAAGGCAAGCUAAGGAUUCCUGACUAUGACGAUGAACCAAGAUCCCCUUGUCUUUGUCAUUUUAAAAACAGUUUAUUUUUAUUGUCAUGAAAAACCCACUUCCAUAGUGGUCAUUGUUCUAAACCCCAAAUAAAACUGUAAAUACACUGAUGGGAAAGAUGGCUCUAGCCUUCCCCUUCCCACGUCCUUCAGGAUUGUCCCAGAUCGGAGCACAGCUGAGAGUUUCUCAGUUUCUACAGAUGAUCAUCAUCCAGUUUGACUGUGACUGUGUAUGAGGUUCUCCUGGUUCUGCUUCCUGUACCAACCUGUGCCCCAAUGUGUUCAGCCAUGCUCCAAUGGACAGGCAUCCCCUUGAUGUCCAAUUCUUUGCCAUCACAAAAAGAGCAGUUGGAAAUAUUUUGGUACAAGUAGGUCCUUCCCCCGUCACCAUUUGAGAUGCUUUUUGGACAUCUGCCUAGACAAGCUAAGCCUUUUUCCCCUGCAUACACAUCAUUCCUAGGGGGAGAUACUUCUAUUGCUUCCUAUAUAUGGGAUUUACAAAUACAAUUAAGAGAACUUAAGGAAUCUAGAGCUGUGUACAAGCAGGACCUAUAGAUUUUUCCCUUCUUGAUCUUAACUGAGGAGACAAAGUAUAAAGAACUUCCAGUGCACAGGGGCAGCUCACCCAGCCUGAGGUCUGUUUCAAGUACUGUUAACCACUCCAACAGCUAUAAAAAAUUGGAGAAAAGACCUUGUGAAUACAUUGCUCCCAUAUAAAGUGAGUACCUUCCAUUGAAACUGACUGUGUCCUGUCACACGCAUUGAAGAUAAAACUACAGAGACAACUGGAUGCUAUUUUCACAGACAUUGAACCCCAGAAUUUUUUUUAAAUAGGAUAUUUGAUUUUUCCUUGUACUUGAAGCACAUGAUACACAGUAUUAAUUUUUUUUUUCAUUUUGCAGUAGAAUGAGUUUAGACAUCCAUUAACCAGUGGUAAGUGUAUAAUUUAUAUUAUAUUAUAGAAUUUGUAUUUUGUUUUAAAUAUGUGUGCUGGCAUGUAUUCUGUUUAGAAAUGAUUAUUAUUAUACUUUUAUAGGACUAUAGAGAAAAGUUAAAAUAAGUAAAUAGUAAGUGUUACAAAGUGUUAUAAGUCAACACCCACCUCAGGGGGGAAUUGAUAGUAUACUUUUUAAUGUAUUAUUUGUUAGAUUGUUUGCUUUUUUUUCUUUUAAAACCCUAAUCUUCUGUCUUAGAAUCAGUACUGUAUAUUGGUUCUAAGGCAAAAGAGUAGUAAGGGCUAGGCAGUGGGGGUCAAUGACUUGCCCAGGGUCACACAGCUAGGAAAUGUCUGAGACCAGAUUUGAACCCAGGAUCUUCUGUCUCUGGGUCUGGCUCUCAAUUCACUGAGCUACCCAGUUGCCCCCCGAUUGUGUACUUUUUUAUGUAGUAUGUAGUAUCUGUUAGAUUUAGAUUUAUAUCUCCAGGUUCUUUUUUUCCAUAGAGUAUAAUUUUCAUAAAUUCUGAGAUUUAGGAUUGUAUUAGUUGAAAUUGUAAUUUGUAAUUGGGGAUUGUAUUUUGUAAAAUCUAAGAUUUGAAAUCAUUUUGAGAGUAAGUUUAGGAUUUGUUAACUCCCUGAAUCAAGAAAAGUGAACUGUUUUAAGAAGAUGCCCUAAAGAUGCAUACACUGCAUCACAAGAUCUAAAGGAAGUUUUGAUUGAAUUAAAGGGGGUUGAAUGCAUUUAAUGAAUGUACAUUUUUUAUGCCAAAGGGGAUUGCCCCCCUAAUUAGCCUUUUGUCAAUGAGCCAAUCUACCAUUGGUUUUGCUUUCUUUCUCUUUUAUUUCCCUUUUCUUUAUUAUUUUAGUUUUCUAUUAGUGUAACCUUUAACUAGAAGAUUUUUAGAAGUAUAGGCUAGAUAUGUCUAACUGAUCCAUUGGGGAGACUAGCCUCCCAGAGGGUUACAGGGGGGAUUGUAAAAAGGAAUUCUUUAUUAUUUUUUUAAUUUAACAGAGCCUGGAGGUCUUCUUACCAUAGAGAUGUGUAGGGAUAAACCAGCCCACAGUGACAGGAAGUAGGAACCAGGGAGCCCCCUGCUGGGCCAGUGGCAGUUGGUUGAGGCAGUCGGUUGCUGACACUUGGGUGGUUCAGUUGGGGGGAAGUUGGCAGCUGGGCCGGAGUUGGUCGUUGGGGGUUGGUGAUUAAUAGGUGGUCGGGUUGGUUUUGACUGGGCUGGAACUUGGUGGUGUGGUUGUUCCUAGCGGUAGAUAGAGGCAGUUCUAGGUAGUACUUGUAGGCAGUUAUAGAUAGUUCUAGGAUAGCUAGUAGGUGCAGGGAAAUGGAUUUCUCUGCCCCUUUCCUAUAUCUCUCCUUUCCUAUAUUCUCUUACUGCCCUUAUUUUCAUCAAACUCAAAUGUUAGCUCGCUAGCAGUUUUCUUUCCUCUGGCUUAAAGGGAUAAACUAAUGUGUAACUGCUAUAUUCUCAUUAAAACUUAAGUCAUUCAAA